AUGAGCACGUCCUCGCCGAUGGAUGAUCACUUUGAGAUAGAAGAGGACAACAGAGACUACGCGUCUCGCAUGGACGAUAUUCUAGGCAGUGGAGAUGAGCAACACGACAGCGAUGAAGACUCUGGCGAAGGAUUCGUGUACGAUGGAGAAGAUGCUGAGCCUUCUGGGCCCUACAAGGAACAGCUUAGCGAGAUAUUAGAGCAGAAUAUUGACGAACUGGAUGAGCUCGAGGACGCAGAGCAUGUCGGAAAGCUGCUCCAAGGCUCAGCACCGUCGAACCCCGAACCCAGUGACGAACCAGAACCUCCCCGCGACAUUUCGACCCCUUCACCGACUCCUAAAGUUACACUCACCCGUCCCAGCUUCUUGCAUCCAAAUGUCUCCCGUUUGCGGUCACAUCUCGGAGCAGCUUCGGCGUCACCAGUUCCAUCUGUCUCGGAGCAGCCUCACGGAGGUGAUACUCCUUCGCACAUGUCUGCACUUUCGCGCACGUCGUCGAAUUCAAACCUUCAAGAUGUUGAAAUUCUACCUCAUGGUGCUAAUGGAAAAUACAAACACGAAAGGACACCAUUCCGAUGGUCGACCAUGAAAAGCAUCCUGGAGCGAAUACGAACCAACUCUGUUGCUCCUCCAAAGGCCGCAAGCGUUUUGGGAAACGCAGAAGCACCAACUGUGAUGGCCGCUAAUGGGUUGAUCUGCAUCGGUACGACCCUCGGGAGGGUCUACGUAUUCGAUUUCAAGCAAAACUUGAAAUGCAUCUGUGCAACAAAGGAUAGUUCCAUGGUUAGUGCCAUUGCCCUAUCGCAAGACCGCACCUUCGUUGCUGUCGGGCAUAUGGACGGGCAAAUGCAUCUGUUCAACCUUGCGGAUCCUUCAAAGCCUGUGAGAACCGUCCCAACUCUUCCCCGCGCUGCUGUGCUCUCUGGAAGGAGGGAAGGACACUUGCACCGGUCACGUAUCACGCACAUCGCAUUCGUAGGAGCGCGCCAUACCGCAGUCGUUUCUUCCGAUGAGCAUGGACUCGUGUUCUACCACAGUCUAGGCAAAGUUCUCUUUGUCGAGGCGACAGACGUACUUCGACUCCUUGGGAAGUACCCAGAAGAAGCUCAGGCUGCUGUGCAAUCUCCCAAACCGGGUAAUCAAAGCCCACGUUCCACUAUUCGUGGAGAUGGGCGGAAACUUCGCUGGAUUAGACAAUCUCCCAACAUCCUUGCCAUGGCUCCUCUUCCCUUGGGUGCUAUUCCGAACGCGACUGAUGCGUACAACAUCAUCGCCAUUCUUACUCCCUUAAAACUGGUCAUCGUUGCGCUGAAACCAGUUGCAAAGACAUGGCUGCGAAAGCGACGUGUGGAGGAUCGGUUCGCUUCACUCAAGGAGACGCGUGUAUCAGUAGCAGGAUGUCUAUCAUGGUAUCCUGCGGUGACAAUCAAAGACGAAGAUACACCAGGAGGUGCCAAGAAUACGGUGCCAACUUUGGUUUAUACAUGGGGAAAAGCGGUUACUGUCCUUACAGUUCGCGAGGAGCUCGACGAGCGCCUCGUUAAAUCUCAAAAGAGGGGUAUCCCACAUGAGCAAGCAAAGCUGGAAUUCCAACAAAUCGGCUCCUGGACGGCCGGUGGUGAAAUUAAGGCUGUAGAAUGGCUAAACGCCCAUCAAGUACUUUUGCUCUUGGACGCUUCGAUCGAAGUCUGGGAUAUUCGAGACGGGUGCCAAAGGAUUGAAAAGGCCAAAUUUCUCAUCAUGAAUAUCUCGCAUAUCUGGGUGAAAAUUGAACAGAUCAAGUUGCGUUCGUAUCAGCAGAGCAUUUGCGCCUACAAGGGCAAGAUUUUCGUUCUGGGCGUCAAAGAUAUUCUCGUGGGAACACUCUUGUCCUGGACCGAUCAUAUCCUUGGUCUGGUCGAGCGAGGAGACUCGUUGGCAGCUAUCGAACUUGCUACCGCGUAUCACCUCGAUACUGCCCCUGGGAACAAGAAUGGGCUGCCGCGCCGAGAGGAUGCUAGAAAGGUGAUGACGGGCAACCAACUCCGCGAGUUGAUGCAAGCUUCUGUCCGCCAUGCCUUCUCUCUUGAUCGCUUGACGGAUGCGACUCAUCGCACCGCAGAUAACAGAGGAGUCGACCGUACAGAUCUUUUUGAGGGACUCGUUCCUACCUGUGUUCGCGCCUGCAAGGCUCUUGAUGAACUAGACUUCCUUUUUGAGGAGGUUUUGGAGCACUAUCAGAACGCAGGUAUCCAGAGGAUUUACCUCAGGGCUCUAGAGCCUUUUCUUCUUGACGGGACGAUACCCGCCGUUCCUCCAUGGAUCACCCAGCAGCUCAUUUCGAUGCACGAAGAGGAGGAGGAGUUUGUCAAAGCGGAAGCUCUCAUAUGGCAUCUGGAUCCUAUGUCUCUCGACAUUAAUCAGGCCAUCCGCCUGUGUCGUGAGCAGAACCUCUGGGACGCGUUGAUUUACGUCUACACGAGAGCGCUAAGGGACUACGUCGCACCUAUUGUCGAACUCAUCCCACUCGUUCGCAAAGUCCAAAAGCUCCGACAACUCGCUAGUACCACGGGUUUCACAACGGCCAUCGAGAAGGAGAUGGAGGCAAUCACCCCCGACGCCUACAAGGUUUUCCCUUAUAUUGCAGCAACCUUGUGUGGCUCGACGUAUCCAAGUCAAACACCUCUACCUAAGGAUGACGUCUCGCAAGCGAAAAGCACCGUAUACGCGUUCCUCAUUGAUGGGCGAUCUCGAAUUUGGCCAAGCGGUCCGAGCGGCAAACUUAUAUUGACCGCUGACGAAGACGGAGGGACAGAGCCAACGUACCCAUAUCUAAGGCUCUUGCUCCGCUUCGAUCCAGAGUCGAUGCUCCAUACCCUCGACCUUGCGUUUGAGGACUCGUACCUUAAUGACGAUAAUCAGGGUGUCGGACGGCUUAUCAUAAUCAAAAUAUUGCUGGAAAUGUUGGGCACUGGCGGGUUCCCACCUUCAGACGCGACGCUUGUGCGAAUUUUUGUCGCACGCAACGUCCCCAAAUACCCUCAAUAUAUCAAGAUGCCACCAUCCCUUCUACACACAGUACUUGUUGGCCUUGCGUCGGACAACGAUGCUGACACCCGCGAAGACCGUCAGCUGGCUACGGAAUACCUGCUUUCCGUAUACAAGCCCCGAGAAGAGGACAACCUUAUUACAAUGUUCGAGGAGGCAGGCUUCUACCGCAUCCUGCGUACUCGGUACAAGGCCGAAAAGCAAUGGAGCUCUCUCCUUGAGGCAUAUCUACAAGAUUUCGACCUUCCAACAAGCGACCUAUUCCGGAGUCUGGACGAAGUAUUCGCCUCAUCGAUGAAGAAAGGCGUAAUUCCCCGUGACGUUGUGCUUGUCACUGUCGAUUCACUUCCUCGUUUGCUCUCGCUUAACCUCAGUGGCACAGCGAGUCUCCUCGAUCGACGUAUGCCAGAUCAACACUCGAGAGCAUUGGAACAAUUAGAAGGAGAUGAUGAGCGUCAACUUGUCUACCUGCGCACAUUGCUCCAACCGGCUAAGAUUCUCCCGAAUGCAUCCGAAGGGGAUAUACCUCCCCCGUCCCAGCACGUAGAACCGGCGGGUGUUGCAUUAUUCUUUGAGCUCCUGUCUAGGACUGAGCCAGGAGGUGUAAUCGAGGCGCUGGAGAGCCUCAGCGGGGCAAUAGUCCUGCCAGAUAGUAUAACGGAGAUAUUCAAACGAAACGGGGCUCAUGAUGCAGUGGUUCUCUCCCUCCAGCAAGCGAACAAGGUCGAUGAGGCAAUAUCCUACAUUGAAAAGGCAUGCCGGACAGAGACCGGACGUAUUGGGACCCUCCUUGAUAACCAUGCCAGCGCAGAUCGAGCAAAGAACCUUCGUUCGAUCCUAGAGAGGCUGGAACGAUUGGGGGAACGUAGCAUCAAACUUUGUCAAGCCAACACUGGCACGAGCGUUCCUGCAGAUCAAAAGUGGCUCAGGCUACUACAGUCGCAAAUCCUCCUCGUUCAGGGGGUUGCGGAUGAGAUCAAUCUCUCUGGAUUCGAGGAAGGAGAUUCCAUACUAGGACCCCUGCGGACGCUUGUUCAAGAGUCAUUUGGCGCUCUUUUACUCCGUUCGCAUUCACAGGGCAUUUCCUUCCCGACAUUGUUCAAGGAGCUCGUGACCUCGACGACCGAGGCGAAUAAAUACUCGGAGGAACCAUCUACCGAGUUGUAUUCCGAGUUCCGAAUGAUUCUAACAGGGAUGUUGGAAUCAUAUCGGUACGAAGGAGAGCUUUUGACAACAUCCUCAGCAUUGGUCAACCGCGACGUGAACAAGUUGUUUGAAGAAUGGACUCGUAAGCGUGACUAUGGAUGGCGGCCAGCACAGGCGGUGUGCGGGAAGUGCCAUCGCAGCGUGAUUCCGCCUAUUGUCGUCGACGGAGAGACGGAAAGCGGAGAGACGAGGCCUCCAUCCAUACGCAUUGUCGCGUCUGGCGUAUUGGAACAUGUCGAAUGUCCAGCCUGA